UGACAGCUUGGGAUCCAGUCCUUCUGUCAAAAGUGCAAACCGGUAGGCGAGGGAUCUGUUGCAAGGUGCAACAACAGGUGUUCGAUAUGUUACCAUAUGGUUAGGUACUUGUUACUAAAACUGGUAAUAAAUGCACUGAAAGUUAAUUGUUGAAUGGAAUGUGGUAAAAUCGAAUGUCACGGCAAGGAUUUCCGAAAGUAUUUGCUAGAGAUUAUAAAAUCUUGCCAACAUGUGCCCCUCUGAUAUGGAGUCAGCUGCAGGACCAUCAAAUGAAAGUCCAACAGAACGGACAGCAAUACGCUCUUUUAUACAAGAGCAACAUGACCAGCGGACUGAAGCCACGUGGCGCUGGACAUAUGGACUGCCUCGUAGGUACUUUGUUGCACUGAUGGCUUUCCUUGGUUUCUGCAAUGUUUAUGCUCUAAGAGUCAACAUGAGUGUAGCCAUAGUGGCCAUGUCUUCCAACAGAACAUCUGUGGAUCAGAAUGGAACAAUAACAUAUAGCCAAGAGUUCCCCUGGGACAGUGAAAUGCAAGGUCUUGUACUUGGAUCUUUCUUCUAUGGGUAUAUAGUGACCCAGCUACCAGGAGGAUGGCUAGCAACACGCAUCGGUGGUAAAAGACUUUUUGGGCUUGGGCUUGCUGCUACUUCAUUCAUCACUCUCUUAACUCCUGCACUUGCACGUGGAAGUGUGUACCUACUUGUUCUUGGGAGAGUUAUUGAAGGUUUGUUUGAGGGUGUGACUUAUCCAUCAAUACAUGCAGUAUGGGCACGUUGGGCUCCCCCACUGGAACGUAGUCGCCUGGCAACUAUAGCCUUCUCUGGAAGCUAUUUUGGGACUGUCAUUGCAAUGCCAGCAGCUGGAGUCCUUGCCGAUCAUGUGGGAUGGCCAUCGAUCUUCUACAUUUUUGGUUUGGUGGGUCUAUGUUGGUGCAUUGCAUGGGGUGCCUUUGUAACUGAGACACCACAGCAGGACAGGAGGAUUACUGAUGAAGAACUUGAUUACAUUCGGUCUUCUGUUGGCCCUCAGGCCAACCACAUAAAGGUGGACAUGGUGGUACCAUGGAAGCGUUUCCUGACAUCAUUACCAGUAUGGGCAAUAAUGAUUGCCCAUUUCAGUGAAAACUGGGGUUUCUACACACUACUUACAGAACUUCCAACCUUCAUGAAAGAGCAGCUGGGUUUUGAUCUACAGUCUGCUGGUCUCCUGGGAUCACUACCAUACUUGGUCAUGGGCACUGUCGUGCAAGGUGGGGGCUGCCUCGCCGAUUGGCUGCGAGCAGGUGGUCAGCUGACAACCACACAAGUACGCAAGCUGCUCAACUGCGGUGCGUUCUCGUGCCAAACGCUUUUCCUGGUGGCUGCUGCACAUGCCACAACUCCUGCUACUGUUGUUGCCUGCCUCACUGGUGCUGUAGGAUUUGGAGGAUUUGCUUGGGCUGGAUUUAGUGUGAAUCACCUUGACUUGGCACCACAGUUUGCAAGCAUUUUGAUGGGAAUGAGCAAUACUGUUGCCACUUUACCAGGGAUGAUCAGCCCACUCCUCACAGGAACCCUGGUUCAGCACAAGACACAACAAGAAUGGCAGUCAGUAUUCCACAUAGCAGCUGCUGUGUAUCUCCUUGGUGCUCUUUUUUAUGGCUUGUUUGCCUCUGGAGAACGGCAACGGUGGGCAGAAGAGCAGGAAACAAUUGCACUGUGUCCUGAUGGAGAUGAGCGUUCCCAUGCAUCGACAGAGGACUUGCCAUUUGGCACAGGGUCCUGCCAAUAAUGGAUAACAUUUGUGGGAUGGAUACAAACUCCUGCAGUUGUACACACAGUAAUCUCACAUGGAUUAACCACACUUUCAGUUUUUCACAUCUGAAGCAAAUGAAACAUGGUGUUGUUUCAUAGUUAGUAUUGCGUUAUAUUUUAUUCAUGGCGUCAGCAAGCAGCCCACUGUCUGGUAUCAUGAAGAAAUACAGCUAUUAAAAGCCUAAAUACUGAUCAGUUCAAAAUAAAUAAGCUGCUUGCACAUAAUAUAGCUUCCUGCAAAAAAAAAUUGAAAGACGGUGUAGUUGAUCAUGACUUGCAAGUGAUCAAUGUUUUAAGAACUAAUGAUUUUUGUCGGAAAUGUUUCCUUCCAACAAUCUUCCAUUCACAUAUUAUCCUCCUUAAUAACAUUUAAAUUAUAAGAACAAGCUGAACCAUGAGCAGUGACAUAAUGGGUCCAGAUAAUCAUGUAUUUUUAACAUACAUUAAUCUCACACUGGAAGUCUUUCUUCAAAAUCUUUUAGAUUUAAUCCACCAGAAAUACUUGUAGAAUCUCAUUUUCUUGAAACAAUAUGUCACAUCUAUCGUGGCUAAAAAUGAAGCAAAAGGACAAUGGAGUUGGUAUGAUCAUUCAGACAUUGUCAGUUGCUAACAUAUUGUUACAAUAAAAAUGGUCAUAGGAAAAAUAAUCACCAGUUGCCUUGUAGAUGCAAUCUGAGGUAGGAAUAUUAUAAAGGACAUAACUCAUUUCCUUUCCUCUUUUGGUCCAGUCUGAGCUUGCUUUCCAUCUCCAGUGACCUCAUGCUCUGGAGGACUGCAGUUCAAAUCCCUGUUGAAACAUCCAUGUGCAGGUUCUCUGUGGUUUUUCUUAAUUACGUAAGGCAAAUGUUUGGAUGUUUCUUUUGAAAAUGACAAAGCUAGUUUUUCUCCAAUCCAUCUGCAGCUCAUGGUCUAGUGGCUAGUGUUGCUGCCUCUGGAUCACGGGGUCCCGGGUUCGAUUCCCAGUCAGCUUGGGGGUUUUCUCUGCCCAGGGACUGGUUGUUUGUGUUGUCCUCAUCAUUUCAUCAACAUCAUUCAUGUCGAUAGCUAGAUUGUACUGUGUACAAAUUGGACUGAGUAAAAAUUGGGACUUUGUAUGGGCACUGAUGGCCGUGCAGUUGAGCGCUCUACAAACCAAACAUCAUCAUCAUUUCUCCAAUCCAAGCUUGUGAUUCUCCUUUAAUGACCUUAACAUUGAUGGGACAUGAAAAACUCGAAUAUUCAUUCCUUCCUGCAUUCAUUCAUGAUCUGAAGAGAAAGUAUGGUUGUGUUAAAUACCUUUGACAUAACAGAAACAGACAUUACACGAGUAAUUAUGGUGUGGUCCAUAGGGCCAAAAGGGGACAAUAAAUGGCUGAUUAUGGUGUGAUCCAUUUGAAUGACCAUGAAAAGAAAGGAGAUGUAAAGCAAUCAAUGGUAAUGUGAAUUGAAGCAUGCGAAGUAAUGAGAACAAACAUUGUUAGAGGAAUAGAACAGUAUACAUGGAAAAAUUACAUUGGUAACAAAGUGGCAGCUGACACAUCUAUUUGUUACAUUUUAUUCUGUAAAAGAAACAGUAUGUAGGAAAUAUUUUAAGUCCUUGCAGGCAGAGCUGAGUCUUAUAAUUACUGCUUCAUCUCCCUCAGAUUUCCCCAGUGACUGGGAUCUCACUCACAAAACCAUCUUAGCAUUCAGGGAAAACUUGGAAAAUGUAAAUGAGCUAUGGCAGUCAUAUGUAUAACAACAGAUGUUCUUACAAGUGCAUUUUAUGUUCCACUGUUGCAGUUCCUCACUUAACGCUGGCAUUGUGUUGAAGAGCAAGUAUUAAGCUUUCUUUUUAUUUUAAAUCUACUUUCCCUGUUUCAUUUGGCUGGAAAUCACUAAGCAUAUUAAAUUAAGAUUUCCAAGUGACAUUACAUUUUAAAAAGGUAUUUUGUAACUCAGCUUCUGUUAUUUUCUGUUUCUUAUUAAAGAUAAAUGGCUAGAAGAAUGAAGUCCAGAUUACAGUCUUGGUUUUGGCAUAAUGUGUUUUAUGCUAUACUACAAGCUCACAGGACCCAAUAAAAUGUAAAAUGCAGACAUCCAACCAAUCCCAAAUUAAUUAUGUACUAAUUGCUGGUAUGAAAUAGAGGCACAUCACCUCCAGAACAUCGAAGCACUGGAUCAUGUUUAUCAUUUAAGUAAAGCUUGUGAAUGCUGUAUUAUUAUUCCUUCCCUUGCAUUUGUGAACUACAUGUUACAGUAAGAGACAGCUGUUUUCAGUAAGACUGAUUUUUUUAGGUUGUUUAUUUAGUGGCCAAUUAAAUAUGAAGACUGGAGUGUAUGCAAAAAUGUGACUACUAUUUUGUAUAUAAUAUUCUUUAGAAAAUCCCAUGUAAUUUUUCCAUUUUCACCAUUAAAUCUUGCCAUAGCAUUUUGAAAGUCUAUUUGAAACAUCAACAAUGAUGUUACACAUUGUAGGCUGUACAGAUAUUGUGUCCACACGUAUUUACUGUAGCUCCAGCUCCUUAGCUCCAUGUUGUCUCUGCAAUAUUGGCAACAAAUGAAGUAGAAUGUUUCGCUCCAUUUUUUAGUUUAAGUGCCCUUUCACUGGAGGAAUCUAGAUCCCUGUCAUGGAUGUCAGGGUGUUCUCCUAUUUACAGAACAGAACUAAUGAAAUAGAGUGGCAUUCUGAAUGGUACCAUACCACACCAUUCAGCCUGGUCAUGGUGUUUAUCACAGUUGCCAAAGCUUACCACAAUCAGCAAAUUCAGAUAAUGAAGUCAGGGACUGUAGAAAAUGUGUGUAAAUAGUUCGAAAUAGAUUCUGGCUGUUGGGUGCAUCAGGAAUUCUUUACACUGUGCUUUGCAGUUGGUAGUGUUUGUGAUGUAAAAGCAAAUACUGGAAAGAAGUGCAACCACAAGUGAGAGAUGAGGCGCUAAAACAUAAUAUUUCUAGUCAUAUGAACAUGAAAAUCACACUGUAGCACAAUGUUUAAUGCCGUAGAACUUCCUCUUUAGUUGUCUGCUGUACUUGGUUCUAAUUUAUGGACAAAAGUGUUUCACAGCUUCAUGUGUGAUUUUUUUUCCGCCAUUGAAUAAGAAUAAUAUGGAAAGUAUUGAUUGAUAGUCACCACAUAGAAGAGGCAUUGAUUUGCUGACAGGCACAAUGAGGAAGGCUACCAAGAUAUUAACACUUUGCCAUCUGGCGACACCACAGCGGUGUUGUGCUCAAAACAGCGGUCAACAGUGCAUAGUAUCACUCAGUGGUCGGUGGCAGCACUUUAGUAUCUUUGGCAUUCUGUUGGUGUUUUGUUUAGGUAACAAUAAGUUCCACAUGUCAACAAGUUUUUUUUGUUUUUAUAAGUACUUGUGCCCUUUCAUCAUGACAGACGAAAGAGACGAUACGAUUAUUUACACAAUGAAUGCGCGGACAUCUUGUCUGACCUUCCAGACGACUUGUCCAAUUGGGAAGAAGACAUUGGAUAUAUAAAAAAAAAAAUGAAAGUGAAGUGGAAUUGUUGGAAGAUAGUGAAUUACGUCCAAGAAGAAUUCUGCGAAUGCUACAGUUGCCAACUGAUUCAGACAGUGCGCAGUGGUCAGACUUUGAUUUACCAAGGACCAAUAAUAAAUUUACUGAGGACCAAUAACGUAAUUCCCAAAGAUACACAGAGUGUCAAGAAUAUCAUAGAAUUAUAUUUUGGGAACAAUCUCUCUGAAUAUAUCAGCAACGAAACCAGCAAGUACUAUAGUCAAAAUUGCAAUGAAGGAAACUGGAUUUUAAAAAAUGCCAAUUUGUCAAUGUUAUGGGACCCAGACUUAGAAAAUGGUUUGGGCUUGCUGUCCUUAUGGGGUAAUUGAUGAUUUUUCCAAAAAGUUUAAAUUAAAUUAAUCUAUGUGUCAAAACAUCCCAAUUGAUGAAGGAAUGAUACCGUGGCGUGGGCAAUUAAAUUCUGAAGUUUACAAUCUGUUGAAAACUAUGAAAUAUGGCAAACUCAUUCAGAUGCUGUGCGAUUCAAGUAAGAGAUACAUUUCCACAUUCAAGAUAUAUUCCGGUGCUGGACAGCCUUCUUAUGGAAAGUGGCAACGCCUUUACAUGGAUUAAAAAGUGAAAUCUGAUGGGACUUAAUUGCUAAGGUCAUCAGUCCCCAAGCUUACAGUCUACUUGACCUACAUUAUCCUAAGGACAAACACACACACAUGCCCGAGGGAGGACUCGAAUCUCCGCCGGGACCAGCCACACAGUCCAUGACUGCAGCGCCUUAGACCGCUCGUCUAAUCCCACACGACCUACAUGGAUAAUUAUUAUAAUAGUGUAGAACUUGCAGAGAAGUUAUCUGAAAAUGAAAUUCGAUUUCGUGGAAUGUACGGCAACAUAGAGAAUUUCUGGAAAAAUUAAAGCAUGCAAACGUCAAUGUGUUUGAAGCUUGUCAUCAACAAAAAGGUGAAGUACUCACACAGGUAUGGAGAGCUUUGAAAACUAAAAUGGUAUGAAUGAUGUAUGCAAUACAUAAUGGCACUUUGACUGACACUCAAAAAAAAUGCAGAAAAACCAAUUACACAUUAAAAAAACCUGAAAGUGUUCUAGACUACAACAAAUACAUGAAAGGAGUGAAUCGAGUAGACCAAUAUUUGAGUUAUUACCUUUUAUACUUUCUGUACACGUCAAUAUUUCAGUACUUAUUGAAAGUGUCUGAUUCGUGGAUAAAAGACCAUGUACCUGCUUCUGAGCAAAACUUGGACGUUGCCACUACAUCACAUAUGUCUCAUCAUGAUCCGGUUGACAGACUUUCCGGUCACGUAAAGCAACACCAGCUAAUACUUAUUUCCGAAACAAGUAAACUAAACUGAAGAAAUUGCCAUGUACAUUAAAAAACAAAAAAAAAACAACAAACUUAAUGUGCAAGGCUUGUGGGGUUGUGUUACAUCUUGGAGACUGUUUUUCUGCAUAUCAUAUGAAAGAGAAAUACAAAGUACCAAAGACAGUGCAAAUAAACAAAUAUAUGAAACAAACAAAUUUUGUAUUUAUUUAAGUAUGUAUAUCUUCGAAAUUUCAUGAAAGUAGGGGAACAUGAUUGAGAACUUAUGAGAACUAACGAUGGGAUCAAUGUCAAGAACGGCCGGUGACAAGCCAAGUAAUCGGAAUCACCGCUAUCGGCGCCAAGUGAAUAGAUUUGUAUAAGACGUGCGGAUGGCAAAGUGCUAAACUUUUGGACAAGUUCUUCUUCCGAACUUUCCCUCAGUUACCCGCAUUUUCUGCCAACUGUCCAGUGUCUGAAUUCUUAUAAGCUGCCAUUGCUGCUUCAGCAUCCCCUUCUUGCUGCCUGCACCCCCCCCCCCCCACCCCCCACCCCCUUUUGUCUCAUUCCUUUCUCUAUGUCCAUUUUAUUCUCCCCUCUCUCAAUUUUCUAUAUUCUUCAUAAUCUUUUCUGUUGUCCUUUAUUUUUUCAAGUGUUUGAAAACUCUUCAUGGCAACAUGAUCAAGUCUGGUUAAUCCUUUUGGUUUUUAAUGUAAAAAAAAAAAAAUGGAAAAACCAACACAAAAUGUUUUUGGGUACAUCAGUGCAGAAAAGGCGCAGAGAAAAUUUGCCUUUUUAUACAAGUGUGAUGUGGAACUUCACAGUAAUCACUUCACAUCACUCACUUGGCACAACACUUUUAGUCCAUGACAAACAUCUCUUCACAUAUGUCCGCCGCUCGUGGUCUCGCGGUAGCGUUCUCGCUUCCCGAGCACGGGGUCCCGGGUUCGAUUCCCGGCGGGGUCAGGGAUUUUCACCUGCCUCGAGAUGACUGGGUGUUUGUGUUGUCCUCCUCAUUUCAUCAUCAUCCAGGAAAGUGGCGAAAUUGGACUGAGCAAAGAUUGGAUGAUUGUACGGGCGCUGAUAACCACGCAGUUGAGUGCCCCACAAACCUAACAUCCUCAUCAUCAUCAUCAUCUUCACAUAUCUUUAGAUCCUCCUGUCCAAUUUGGAUCUCAUAAUCAUCUUAAACUGUCACUGUAAGUUUAAUAACUCAUAAUAAUUACAUAAAAUGCUAAGUAUUUCACAGACUUCAGGAGUUCUGGUGCAGAUAUGGAUUAUUCAGUUUUUCAUAGCUUUCUAUCUCCAGUAAUAUAGUAAUUUAAUGGGGUAUUUUUACUUUGCAUCUCGUUGCCUUAUUUUUUACGCCACUCUUGUGUUUUUAUCUGCCAGAUUCAUUGUUUCUUCUAGAUUAUAUUUUUCUUUUCUGCACCCUCAUUUUUUUUUUACAUGUCAGAUUUUAUUUUCAGUUGAUCUCCCAAUUUUUCUGGUUAGUUAGUUUCAUGUUCCAUGCAUCAUUUGUGCAAUGUGGAAGAAGUCAUUUCACAUACACGUCACAACUUAAUUUUUAAGUAUGGCUACUUGCUGAACAUAUAGAAAGAUUUUUAUGAUACUUUAGAUAAGUCAGACAUAAGUAAUCUCAAGAGAAGUGCUGUAUGAACUUUCCCUGAUGAAAAUUAAGUUAAUAGUCAGGAUUUUGUUCAUUAGACUUGAAAAUUACUAUUUCUCAAUUUGUUAUUAAAUUGUGGUGAAAAUUUCUUGCCUCUUAUCCUGAGAUAUAGAUUUUCAUUGACUGUUUAUUGAUCUAUUGGAUAGAGAGAAGUUGUUAUAAAUACUGAAGAUGAUGUAAUGAAAGGGCACAAAUUUAGCAAAUGUAAAUAAAAGAAACUUCACAUCAUCUUUCAAAAUUCUCUGUAUUGUUGGGUCCAGUUGAACUGCACAUAGCCUAAGUAAACAAUGAAGAUGGCAUCUAACAUUGUCUUAUUUAGAUAUCAGUGGCCACCUUAACAAAAAAUGAAAAUUGUUUGUACCCCAAUUUCUGUUUAAUAUAUUGGGGAGGGGGAGGGACCAUCUGAUCACUUUGUACUAGGGGAAAAAAGUUCAAAAACUGUUGUUGCACUGUUAUGCUUGCACUUCUGAAAAUUUUCAGAAACUAAAUUCUUUCAGAUUUGUUUAAUUACAUCAGUUUAUCUUGGAAACACAGGAGGAAUUUGUUUGAGACUUACGUAUUAGAUGUUAAGUUGUAAUUGUUUCUAUUGACUUAUCUUAGUAUAUUUCCUGAAGUGCAGAAGAAAAUCAGAUUGUGCAUAGAUGUAAGAAUUUCUGCAGUAUAUACUAUCUGUAUACACUGCAGGACCCAGACCAGAAACUAGGUUGCUACAUGACUUAUUAUACUUUUUAUCAGUUCAAGAUGAAAACGUGACUAAUCACUUAGUAGAAAUUAAAUUGGAUUUAAUGUUUGUUGCUUGGUGUACAAAACAUUCAUGUGGUUCACACAUGAGGAUUUAUGGCUGUAUGUUUAUUUUACUUGGAACUAUGAAUCAUUUAGUGUACACACUUGUGUCUGUUUUUGUGUGUAUAAGAAAAGUUCCAUGGACGGAGAAGAAUAUUUCAGUUAAGGAAAGUUAAUACAUUUUUGUUCCUAGUCUAACUAUGAGGCACCCCAUUUAAUUGCUGACAAAAGUUGUCAAGGUUCCUAAGUUUACCAGACAUACAGGGGAUACUAAUGACAGUUUAUAUAUCGACACUUAUACAAAUUGGAUUAGUGGUGGUGUGAAUGUAUGCAUAUAUGUGUCUUAUCCUGACAUGCCUGUGGAUACACUACACCUCGUCUGAGAUAUUUAUUAAAUCUGGCUGAAUAUGAUAUUUGAAUAUUCGAAUUUAUAGUCAUAGGAGCAACACACAAUCACAGUGAAUUUGGAGAUAAAAUGCUAGCCUCAAAUUUCUGGACUAGUUGAAAUUUCUUUCCAGUAUCAUAGGUGUUUGUGAAAACAUAUCAACAGCUUGUUGAGUGGUUCCCACAACAGGAACUAGUGACUGUUAAAGAUUUUUACAUAUUCAUGAAAACUUGUUAUGUUUUGCUACGGAUAAGUGAGAAACAUUGUGCAAACUGAAAUCUAUUUUAAGCUUACCUAAAGAUAGGAGCACAGACAUUACUCAGAGCAUUACAGUGGCGCCUACCAUCAUAAAAAUGGAUUUAAAAAAGUUUUGCUCUGUGGUUCACGUGUAUUCCAUAUUAUGGAAUAAGCAUAAAAUGAAGUGCACCAAGAUUAACAAAUGGAAUUAUCAGAUGGAUUAUUGUUAUUCUCUAAUUUCACAUUCUGUAGAUUGAUUGCUUGUGUGUUGAAAGAAAUGGGCCUAACCGUUAAUGGAAUGUUAAUUCUAAGGAGAACCAUUUUUCAUAUUCUGAAAUUUUAGGGUACAUACAACUUUAAUGACUGCUAAUAAGUUUCUAAUGCUCUUUACCAGCUAGCCUCAUGGUAAUAGCUCCUUAAAAAUCUUAAUUUAACAUUGUUUAACUAAAGACAAAAUUAUUCUGCAAUCAUGAACUUAAAAUUGUGUAACUUUAACAACAGGUGGUUUUUUCCUUCAUCUAAAAUAAUAAAUAAUUGUAAUGAUUAAAUUUAAACAUUAUCACCUCAUACUGCAGCUCCAAAUGCACUGUUUAAAAAGAAAUAAGUAACCUAUAGUUUUUACAAAAGCAGAGUAGAAAUGUUCAGAAAGUGGAAGAAAUAAACAUUGUCUGAACUCAUUGUGUAAUUUACACAGCUAUUGCAUACCCAAGAAUGUGAUUUUAAUAUGAAGAUGUGUAGAUAAUAACUCUAUGACUGAUGUCAUUAGCAAAGUUCUUUUGUGUUAUGCUAUUCAUAGUUAAAGCUUCCACCUUUAAAAUGUUAGUAUAUAUUAUUUUUUUUCUGUUUAAUGUUGAAUCUCUCUAAAAUAUGACAUAAUUCUGGCACAAACAAACGCUAUACAUUUAUAAAGUAAACAAAUUUCUUAUUAUUCAUUAUUGCAGAGACAUUGUUUUCCUCAAAACACUCUCUCUCUCUCUCUCUCUCUCUCUCUCUCUCUCUCUCUCUCUCUCUCUCUCUCUCUCUCUGUGUGUGUGUGUGUGUGUGUGUGUGUGUGUGUGUGUGUGCGCGCGCGCGCAUGCAUGCAUGCGUGUGUGUAAAUUUUCAAUAAUAACAGUAUUCCUUAAGUACACAAUCUUCUGAAAUGGACACAGACAUUAAAAUUGUAAUCAUAAUGUGUGUUACUGUGUAAUACAUGAAUAUUUCUGUGAUAUAUUCUGAUUUCUUAAAUUACUGACUAUAUUUGAAUAAUAUAUAUCUUUUUAUUACAAUUUUGCCUAUGAACACUACAGUGAGCACAAUCUGCAAUUAUUUUUGUCAGUGAUAUUUAUCAUAUAUAUUUACAACAUUGUCAAAUAGUUUAUUCUAAAAGUAUUAUCAAACAUAUCUC